AUGCCGAACGUUAAGUUGUACACCGCCAGGUUAAGUCCACCAGGACGUGCGGUGGAAUUAACCGCAGCUCUCCUGGACUUGCCGCUGGACAUCAUCCCGAUCAACCUGCUGGCUGGUGACCAUCGAACAGCCGAGUUCCUGAAGAUGAAUCCUCAGCACACGAUUCCGGUGAUCGAUGACGAUGGUGUGAUCAUUCGUGACAGUCACGCUAUCAUCAUCUAUCUGGUGCUUAAGUACGGCAAGGAUCACGGACUUUAUCCGGACGAUCCGGUCACGAGGGCACGGAUCAAUGCAGCCUUACAUUUCGAUUCGGGGGUGUUGUUUUCCCGGUUGAGGUUCUAUUUCGAGCCGAUACUGUACGAAGGAUCUUCUGCGAUGCCCCAGGAGAAGAUCGAGUACAUGCAGAAGGGUUACGAGCUGCUAAAUGAUGCCCUUUUGGAGGAUUACAUCGUGGGCAACACCCUAACGUUAGCCGAUGUGAGCUGCAUUGCGACGGUGGCCACGAUGGAGGAGUUUUUCCCGAUGGAACGCAGCAAAUACCCGAAGCUGGUGGCCUGGAUUGACCGGGUUAGCCGCAAUUUUCCACAGUACGAUCAGCUCAACCAAGCGGGCGCUGUGGAGUUUGCGGAAAUGUGCGAAUCGUUGCGUGUUAAAAAUGCGACCAAAGUUGUUGGGGCUGGCUGGCGAAGGAACGUUACGUUCAUCAGCAGCAUGGCCUCAUCGAGCAUGGUGUUGUACUACGACGAGGUUAGCCCUCCAGUUCGAAGUGUUCUGAUGGCGAUCGCUGCCUUGGGCAUAAAGGAUCGAUUCAAGCUGGAGUACGUCGAUUUGUUUCGAAGAGGACACUUGACCAGCGAAUUCUUGAAGAUUAACCCGAUGCACACGAUUCCGGUGUUGCAGCAUGGCGAUCUCAAGCUCACGGAUAGCCACGCGAUCUUGGUGUACCUUUGUGACAUGUUCGCUCCCGAAGGACAUCCCCUUGCGAUAGGUGACACACAAACCCGGGCAAAGGUACUGAACAGGCUCUGUUUCAACAACGGUUUUCUGUUCCAGCGAGAUGCGGACGUGAUGCGCAGAAUCUUCAGCAGGGAGAUCACCGAUGUGAAACAACACCUGCAACCGAUCGCGGAAACGGUUGACGCGCUCGAGCAGUUCCUCAAAGAAUCUCGAUAUACCGCGCUCGAUCGACUUUCGGUGGCCGAUUUCUCCAUUGUGGCCACACUCAGCACACUGAAUCUCCUGGUACCGGUUACCGCUGAACGGUGGCCACGUGUUUUCGAGUGGUUCGAAGAAAUGCAAAAGCUUCCCUACUACAGCGAGCAGAACAGUGCCGGUUUGGAGAAGAUGCGCAAAAUGCUGAGCAUCACGAUUAACCUCUAGGAUCUAGGAGGCGAUCACGCACAUUCCCUCUGUUCG